ACAGUGCUCUCCUCCAUCCAACACACAGGGCUGCAAAUCAACCUCUUCUAACCUCCCACCUCCCAGUUCCUCAAACUCAAGCAAGGCCAGCUCCUCUCCACUUCUCUUCCCUGAGCUCCUGUUCUGCUUGACGCCCUGGUCCAGCCAACUCCAGUGUGUUAACUCUGUGCCUAUCCCGAGACUGGACCCAUAGGUGGAGAGAAGUGGAAAAGGCCCUGCCCUGUCACUCUGUCCUUACACUCUGAAGCUCAGUGGACCCCUUGACAGGAUGCUGGACGCCUGGGUCUGGGGCACACUCACAUUGACCUUUGGCCUGCUUUCCAGUCUCCAAGGAGUACACACCAAUGAGACUGUAAACACAUGUGACAUCCUAAACUGCCCCAAAGGAUUCACAUGCUGUGACAAUGGAUGCUGCCCAGAAAGAAAGGUGUGGGAUCCUGCAAAUGACCGCUUUAGGUUCUUGGUCAUCCUGGCAUGCAUCAUUUUUCCCAUUUUGUUCAUCUGUCACCUAGUAAGGCUCUUCUGUCCCAACUGCACUGAACUACAGCACGAUGUCAGAAGAGUGGAUCAUCAGACUCCUAUAGAACCACCCUCCAUAGCUCCCCUAGAGAGCAUUUGGGUCACCUCCUUGAAUCCACCACCACCCUACAGUCAGGUUGUUCUGCCGCCAACUCCCACAGAACCACCUCCUCCCUACAGCCUCAGGCCUGAGGGCCCUGCUGGCCAGAUGAGAGGGCACGCCUAUGCAACCCUUUGAGCUUCCUCACACACAAACCUCGUGGAUCAAGCACAGGACUCUGGAAUGACUGACUGCCUAUCCCAUCAUGUCUCUUGUCCUUUGAUUUAAUUUAUUCUGCUGUCCCCUCCCCUUUUGUCAUGAGAGCUAAAAUGGAGCCAUAAUCUCUGUCCACACUAAAGACUGUUGACAUUUUUAAGAACUGGGUGUGGCUGUCAUGGAUGUAGAGAAAUCAUUGCUAGUUUACUGCCGAUUUUAACUGGACAGCUCGCUCUGCCAUCCUACAGAGCACUUCUUGCCUGGAAGAGAUUGAAGACUGAACUGCACAGACUCUGAGCCAUCUUCCAACCAUACCUGGGUAGAGAGGACCUCACUGUCCCUCUGUAGCAAUGCAGAAAACACAGGGGCUAAGUUUCCACAGCUGGCUGCUAAGUGGGGAUGAGACAAGGUCAGAGGCUGAGGAAACCCUUCCAGCCUCUUCCAGUGGUGACUGACUGCACUGGUCACCUGCUGGGAGGAUGGAGCAUCUAAGAUGUGAUGAAUGCAUAGACCUUCACCUUCCUGGGUCCUCGGGGGGCACUAAAGGAAUGAACUGGAAAGUUCUCAGGAUCCUCUUCUAGUCCUGGGACCUGCUUUCCUGGGAGACCAGACAGAACUUGAUUAAGCAUGGGACACUUAGGGAGAUACAAGCCAGAAAACAGCCUUCUAGGAGAAGAUUGGGUGGAGAGGAAGCCUGGAGAAGCAGGUGUGUUUUGAGUUGUGUGGAGUGAGGUCAGCGAAUAAUUCCUCUACAUUCCUCCUCUGGUUUCUCCUGGAAGGAGAGGGGAGGUCUACCCCACCUUCCUCUUCCUUCUGGUGAGCCUGUGUUUCAUACUCUACAGCUCAACCCUGCCCAAAGUUAACUCCUAAAGGGAAGAAGGUUCUGUCCUGUGGCUGGGAGACUGAGGACAGCUUGGAGCUUGGACUGUCCAGAGUGGGAGGGGAGAGUGAAGACAGUUCCUGGUGCCCAUGCCUUGGCACCUUACCCCUGUGUUUACUGUGUGUGCUGCAGAGGGCUGAAGGCCAAUGUUUCCCUUCAGACAGACAACACUACCAAUACUCACUGCUUAGGUGUGCAGGCAGGGCAGGUAUGGCUGUCCUGGACUUCCUCUGUAGACCAGGCUGGCUUCAAAUUCAGGAUCCCCAAGAAUACUCAUCCCUGUGCCACCACAGAAGAGGGCAGGACAGGGAUUCUGGCUAGAUUUGGGCUCUGAGAACUGGGCUUUUCCCUGUUGGAGGAGGUCAUGUCAGCCUGCCUGUCACCUACCUGACAUUGAAGAUCAUUAGAGGGCUUUUAACACCCGUCUCCUAAGGAUGAAGGAUCUGUCUUGUCAACCUACAUUGUGUCUGUCUUACCGGGAGAAAAGACAAGCUUUGUGAAAUAAACUUAAUAGUUACAUUUUU